GUGCAUCUUCCUUCGUACCUCAAGAGAAUUUAUUCCCUCUCAAUUCUAGCUUAUAGGGUUUUUAUUUCAUCAAAUAUAGUCAUCGUCACCAUCACCAUCCCUUUUUCCUCUCUUCUCUCUCUCUCUCUCUCUCUCUCUCUCUCUCUCUCUGAGCUUCAACAUGACUGUCAGGCUUUAAACUGUGGAGUCUCAAAGAAUCCAAUAGGAGGAGUGAGUGCAUAAGGUUCAGGCCAUGACUUGGAAUUAGUGUUGGAUUGAAUUGAUGGCCUUCUUUUCAGCAAAUUUCAUGCUUCAGAACCCCCACGAUCAAGAUCAUGAACACCCUCACCACCACCAUCAACACCAAAUCCUAUCCUCUUGCACACCUCAAGACUACCAUGGCGUCGCCUCCCUACUGGGCAAGAGAUCCAUGUCCUUUGCAGGUAUUGACGUGAGUGACGACCCCAACAACAACAACAACAGCAACGUUAAUGGAGAUGAAGAUCUGUCAGAAGAUGAUGGGUCGCAGCCAGGGGGAGAGAAGAAGAGGAGGCUCAACAUGGAGCAGGUGAAGACAUUGGAGAAGAACUUCGAGCUCGGCAACAAGCUUGAGCCUGAGAGGAAAAUGCAGCUUGCAAGAGCACUUGGUCUCCAACCCAGACAGAUCGCCAUUUGGUUCCAGAACAGGAGGGCGAGGUGGAAGACAAAGCAGCUCGAGAAGGACUAUGACCUGCUCAAGAGACAGUUUGAUGGUGUGAAGGCUGACAACGAAGCCCUCCAAGCUCAGAAUCAGAAGCUUCAAGCUGAGAUACUGGCACUCAAGAGUACUAGAGAACCAGCCGAAUCCAUCAACCUCAACAAAGAAACCGACCAGGGCUCUUGCAGCAACCGGAGCGAGAACAGCUCCGAGAUCAAGCUUGACAUCACGCGGACGCCGCCAGUCGAGAGCCCGGUCUCAGGCCACGUGCCGCCAGCGGCUGGCCGCCAGCUGUUCCCCGCCUCGAUAAGGCCUGCCGCUUCCGGGGGAUCGGUGGCACAGCUGUUUCAGAACCCUUCGAGGCCCGAUCAUUCAAUGAUAGUCAAGGAAGAGAGCAGCAUCACCAACAUGUUCUGCGGCAUCGACGAUCACUCCGGGAUUUGGCCAUGGUUGGAGCAACAGCAUUAUUGAAAGAAAUCAAGGAGCGAAAUCGAAUUCGAUUCCUACGCGGAGCCAAGCUAUGGGAAGUACAUUAUAUAUAUUAUCCUCCACGAGAUAACUUAUAAGAAGGGAGGGAAGAGGAAAAUCCCCAUUUUUCUUGCUUAAAUUUUGGUGUAUAAAAAUAGUAACGCAUAUGAUAAUUUGAGAAUUUCGAGGUUAA